GGCUUACACAAAAGCCCUCUUUCCCCUUUCGACGGUUUCGAUUGUGUCAGGUCAUGAUCUGCCGUCCGUAUAGGGUUGCUCCCGCGUUGCUAUUUGAUCCCUCCGGGGUGUAUGUGUGUGUGUGUGUGUGUGUGCUCGUCGUCGCCACCAAUUUAUAGCACAGCGCCUUUCGUUCUAGAAAGAAAGAAAGAAAAAUUGUAGUAGUAGCACACAAUGACGACUCUACGAAUACUCCUGCCCAUCUUGGCGCUGAUAGGGCUCACACUCGCGAAUCCCGCCGCGAAUUUAACAACAUACAUGCCGGAAUGCGCACAAUCAUGCAUUCAAAGCUCAGCCGAUAGCGCCUGUGCCGGGCCGACGGAUAGCCAAUGUCUUUGCACGAAUAUGCGGCGUGUGGGCUUCGGUUCGCUGUCUUGUGCGCAAGGAACGUGUUUUGGGAAUUCCACGGAGCAAAUUGCUCUAUCCCUAAGAUCAGCAUUCACCCAAUACUGCACAGAUGUAGGCGUCACGCCAUCAGAAGGAACAUGGUACCCUUCAUCAGGCUGGCCAGGCGCCACGAACCCAACAGGCAUGAGCGUAGCAGCAACAAGCAGCAGCAUCGCAACAACCGCACCACCAGCAACCAACACGCCAACAAGCGAGUCACAGCAAAGCGCUUCAGAACAGGGCGGAAGUAACAGCGGCGGGAAUGAUCUAAGUCGGGGCGCGAUAGCAGGAAUAGCGGUCGGAGGCGGCGUCGCCGUAAUCGCCAUAACAGGCGGACUAUUUUUCCUCGCCUUCCGGUUAGGAAAAGGGUACUCACAUCGCAAGAAAGAAGAAGCGUCGCAAGAGCCCGGUCGACAAGAAGAAGGCACCACAAACACCACCACCGGCGGGAGUGGGGGUGGAGGAGACGUUAGCACACCAAGCAGCACAACAACGGCCAGACCCAAAGGCGAACUAGACGGCCUACCGAAAUCCCAAUUAGACAGCACACCCGUCAGUGAAAUGCCGACCGAUUACAAGGCACUAGGCGAACUCGAUCCCAUAAAAGAGAUGCCGACGCAGGAGGAACCGGUAGAAUUGAGCGCCAAUCCGUAUCCGCGCGAGGUGGAAAGUCCGGUGUUACCUCAAACUCCGUGGAGGUGACGAUGUACGUAUAUACAUACGAACGAUAAUGAAAAAAAUUAUGAAGCAAGCGACCA